AUGAAUUCAAUAUCAAUCAUCACUAUUUUAAUAAUUUUAAUUAAUUCAACAAUAAUAAUUCAAGGUAUACCAGAUGUAUCCAAUUCAUUCCUUGGAGUUGAUGAUCCAGGUGUUUCACAUUUCCCUUUAUAUCUUGGAUUAAAGAUGCAUAUUCGAUGCUACACCAAUGUGACACGUGCCAAUCAGUAUGGACCUAUUGCUCUGUUUGAUUCUGGCGUUCCAUUCUACUCGACUGCUUGGGUAUCAAUCAUUCCGUCGGUCCUCUUAAACAUGCCGUCUUGGAAUAUUAGUAAAGCAUGUUUUAUCGAUCGUUAUGGAUACGGAUGGUCAGAUUCUGCUCCAUUGCCAGUCACCACUCAAGACUAUGUCGGUCGUCUUCGUGAAUCACUCUUGGUGGCUGGACUAUUUACUGGUAAAUACAUUCUCGUUGGGUGGUCUUGGGGAUCCAUCUUUGUUCAAACCUACUCGAUGACUUAUCCAGAUGAAGUUGUGGGUAUACUCAGCAUCGAUGGAACUGAUAGUCAAUGGGGAUUCAUCCCAUCCAACCAGCAAGUGGUUAUCAACUUUACCAACACGGUCGCAUACCUUACCAACAGCAACUCUCUCUCCGAGUUUGUAAAUGCUGACGAAUCAUACUCUCGUUCCUAUGGAUGGUUUCCAAAUACACUAAGAGAAGGCCUAGGAGGAUUCACCAAUUGUUCAAUCGAUGCAUCUCAACAAAUCUUUAUGACCAACAAAUUCCUAAAGACAGCCGUUCAAGAACUCAACAUUAUGGUCAUCUCUUCAGCCAUUCUCAACUUUACCUAUACUCUCAAAGCAUCACCAACACCACUUGGGGAUCUUCCCUAUGUCAAUAUCUACAGUUCCUACCACAAUGAUCCUGAUUGGACCAAUCGCCAAAUCCACAUGGCAUCACUCUCUUCCAACUCUAUCGCCAUGCAGUUUUCAACUGGUCAUUUCUAUACAUUUGACAAUCCAACUGCUAUUGUAUCGGCCAUCUCUGCUCUUUCCAACAAGAUUGCAAUCAAAUUACAAUCAACUGGGUGCUAA